AUUUCAGCCUUCAAACAUAAAGAUAUAAAAUUAAAAUUAAAAUAAUUUGAUUGAAAUAAAAGUGGGACAUAAUCGUGAAGUGGAUCGAAAUUUAUUGGAUAAUUUAAACAUUUUUAACAAAUAAAAAACUGAAAAGUGGGGCGUGCAAUAUUAUUCGGCCCCUUUACUUUCAGUGCAGCAAACUCACUCCAGAAGUUCAGUGAGGAUCUUUGAAUAAUCCAAUGUUGUCCUAAAUGACUGAUGAUGAUAAAUAGAAUGCGCCUGUGUGUAAUCAAGUCUCCGUAUAAAUGCACAUGCUCUUUGAUAGUCUCAGGGUUUUGUUUAAAGCGCAGAGAGAACCAUGAAGACAAAGGAACACACCAGGCAGGUCCGAGAUACUGUUGUGGAGAAGUUUAAAGCCGGAUUUGGAUACAAAAAGAUUUCCCAAGCUUUAAACAUCUCAAGGAGCACUGUGCAAGCAAUUAUAUUAAAAUGGAAGGAGUAUCAGACCACUGCAAAUCUACCAAGACCCGGCCGUCCCUCCAAACUUUCAUCUCAAACAAGAAGAAGACUGAUCAGAGAUGCAGCCAAGAGGCCCAUGAUCACUCUGGAUGAACUGCAGAUAACUACAGCUGAGAUGGGAGAGUCUGUCCAUAGGACAACAAUCAGUUGUGCACUGCACAAAUCUGGCCUUUAUGGAAGAGUGGCAAGAAGAAAGCCAUUUCUCAAAGAUAUCCAUAAAAAGUCGCGUUUAAAGUUUGCCACAAGCCACAUGAGAGACACCAAACAUGUGGAAGAAGGUGCUCUGGUCAGAUGAAACCAAAAUCGAACUUUCUGUCCACAAUGCAAAACGAUAUGUUUGGUGUAAAAGCAACACAGCUCAUCACCCUGAACACACCAUCCCCACUGUCAAACAUGGUGGCGGCAGCAUCAUGGUUCGGGCAUUCUUUUCUUCAGCAGGGACAGGGAAGAUGGCUAAAAUUGAUGGGAAGAUGGAUGGAGCCAAAUACAGGACCAUUCUGGAAGAAAACCUGUUGGAGUCUGCAAAAGACCUGAGACUGGGACGGAGAUUUAUCUUCCAACAGAACAAUGAUCCAAAACAUAAAGCCAAAUCUACAAUGGAAUGGUUCACAAAUAAACGUAUCCAGGUGUUAGAAUGGCCAAGUCAAAGUCCAGACCUGAAUCCAAUCAAGAAUCUGUGGAAAGAGCUAAAGACCGCUGUUCACAAACGCUCUCCAUCCAACCUCACUGAGCUCGAGCUGUUUUGCAAGGAAGAAUGGGCAAGAAUUCCAGUCUCUCGAUGUGCAAAACUCUUAUAGACAUACCCCAAGCGACUUGCAGCUGUAAUUGCAGCAAAAGGUGGCGCUACAAAGUAUUAGCGCAAGGGGGCCGAUUAAUAUUGCACGCCCCACUUUUCAGUUUUUUAUUUGUUAAAAAGGUUUAAAUUAUCCAAUAAAUUUUGUUCCACUUCACGCUUGUGUCCCACUUGUUGUUGAUUCUUGACAAAAAAUUAAAAUCUUAUAUCUUUAUGUUUGAAGCCUGAAAUGUGGCGAAAUGUUGAAAGGUUCAAGGGGGCCGAAUACUUUCGCAAGGCACUGUAUAUACAAAAUGAACACGCUCGUUAUUUAUUUUUCGCUGGUAUUGUUACAGUUUGCCCACUUUAUAUCAAUAUAAAUAUUUGUUGAUUUAAACAAACUGACGUGUUGUAAUAUCCCAGAAUGCUCAUGGCCUCUCGAACACACAAAAUAAAUAAUUAUAUUAUGUAACUCUUUAUAUUUACGUUAUCUAGAAACCACACUGCAACGUUGUCAUUCCGUGAGCUGGUACUGUUAAUUAUUAUUCACGCUCACAUGCACUCUGACCCAUUUUGUGUUAUGGACGUAAAUUGAUGAUGGGCGCAUGUUUUGACUGCUCUGUCGCCUUCUCGUGGUAAUUGUCUAAAGCACAUGUGCUUAUGUGAGGCAUGUGCCAUCGGCUGUAUUUACGUUUAUAUUUCUAUAUAAAUAGCAUCAAACGACACAUAAAUGUCAAACCGUCAAAUCUCCGAAAUAAAGAAAAUAAGAGAUGAAUUAGUCAAUAUUUACUUGGAUUUUAGAGAUUCUACUCACGCUUAUGCGUCAAGUUAACUUGACAAAAACGGAUGCUAGCAUGUACUGCAAUCAAAGCAAAAGCAUAUUUUACCUGUCCUGUUGUCAAUGGAAAUACUUCACUUGAAGUCACGCAGCUAAUGGUUAUUUAGAUGCUACAUCCUAAAUAAUCUUGUUUAACUGACAAAACAGCAUCGAUAAUGUUCUGUUUUAUAAAAACGGAAACGGUGUGGGAGUAUUUCCAACAACUUGACAGCUUGCAGACCAGCAACAGAAAACGAGAGCGCAGCUUAAAGGAAUUGAAACCUGUGUGCGAGGAGCCAAGCGCCCAGACUGAGCUGAAAAAGGGAAUGUCCAUUUUCAUUGACAUUUUGCGGCGAGCGGAUAAAAACGACGACGGCAAGCUGUCCUUUGACGAGUUCAAGGCCUACUUUUCGGAUGGUGUCCUGACGUCGGAGGAACUGAAGGAACUCUUCCACGCUAUCGACAGCCACCACACUGACAACGUGGACACAGAUGAACUGUGUGAGUACUUCUCGCAGUACCUGGGGGAGUACAAGAAUGUCUUGGCCGCCCUGGAAGCCCUCAACAUGUCCAUCCUGAAGGCCAUGGACAAGACCAAGAAGGAUUAUCAAGAGUCCACCCACCUGGAGCAGUUUGUGACCCGUUUCCUGCUGAAGGAGACGACCAAUCAGCUGCACUCACUCCAGGGCUCACUGGAAUGUGCCGCCGAGACCACCGCCGAGCAGACUCGCAGAGAAAAACACGAUCUGGCUAAACCCGAGGUUCUGUCCAUCCAGUUGUCGGGUCGCAGGUCCAACCGGAGGCUCCAGAGGAACAAUAGCCCCUCCCCCAACAAUCCCAUCAUGGGCCUCGUUAACUCGGGUGCGUACGACGAGGAGAGCCAGUGGACAGUUCAAGUGAACAGGCUACAGAAGCUCAUCGAUCGCCUGGAACAGAAGGAGAUCCGCCUGGAACCCGUCGAAGACGACGUACCAGAGAGCAAGCUGCACCUCCUGAUCGUGCAGAGACAGCUGUCUGUGCUGGAGGACGAGCUGGAGGAGUUUCGCCUGGCGCUCAGACACUACAUGGACUCUGCCAGCGCCCAGACCGGAUGUCUACACGUGGCGCUUCAGCGGCUGGCUAACGAGUCGCGCUUCAUCCUCUACGAAUUCUGGGAGCAAAACAGCGUGUGGAAGAAUCACCUGCAGAGCAACUCCAGCAAGACUUUCCAGAGGGCCAACGUGGACUUCCUGGAGACUCCCGAGACUGUCACCACCAUGCUGCUCCCGGCUUCAUGGUGGGUCCUCAACAACAACUGAGAGCAGCAUGUCGACCAUACUUGGUGCACAAACACAUGCGCACACGCACACACGCGCACACACACACAAUAUAGCGUCCUGUACUUUUGCGCUAUAUUCUGACUGUCUGCUGUAAUCACACUUGCUCCGUUUUGCUCCUCUUAUUUAUUGUUAUUUGUUUAUUUAUUAUUUAUUCAUCAAAGUCUGCUUUAUUGUCAAUUUCUUCACAUGCCAAGACACACAAAGAAAUCGAAAUUACGUUCCCACUAUCCCACGGUGACAAGACAUAGUACACAAUAUACAUACAAGUAAACUACACAAACAAAUAAAAACAAGAAGGCACAAACAGUGAAUAAAUAAGAGUGAUGAAUAAAUAAUAAGUAAUUUUUAUAACACAAUAAAUAAGAGGAGCAAAAAUGGAGCAAGUGUGCAUACAGCAGACAGUCAGAAUAUAGCGCAAAAGUACAGGACGCUACGCAGAAGGGGGGAGAGAGUUCAGGAUCCUAACAGCCUCGAGUAUGAAGCUAUUGGUGAGCCUGGUGGUGCGGGAGCGCAGGCUCCUGUACCUCUUCCCAGAGGGCAGAAGAUCGAACAAGGAGUGAGCGGGGUGACUCACAUCGCUCACAAUUGUGGUCGCUUUGCGGGUGAGAUGGGAGGUGUAAAUGUCCUUCAGGGAGGGGAGUGAAGCACCAAUAAUCUUACCAGCCGUAUUCACUAUGCGCUGCAGGGUCUUCCUGUUGUAUUCAGUGCAGCUACCACCCCAAACAGCGAUACAAUUGGAGAGGACGCUCUCAAUGGUGCCACAGUAGAAUGUAGUCAUGACGGCCGGAGGAGCACUAGCUCGCCUGAGCUUCCGCAGGAAGUACAGGCGGCGCUGAGCUUUCUUCGCCAGUGAUACGGUGUUGGUGGACCAGGAGAGAUCCACACUGAUGUGCACCCCCAGGAACCUGGUGCUGCUCACUCUCUCCACCACAGCACCGUUGAUGGUCAGCGGCAGGUGUUGGGUGUGACCCUUCCGGAGGUCAACAACAAUCUCCUUGGUCUUGUUGACGUUCAGCAGGAGGUUGUUGUUCCUGCACCACGCGGUUAGAAGGUCAACCUCCAACCUGUACUGAAUCUCGUCGCUCACUCUUAUUAUUCAUUGUUUGUGCCUUCUUGGUUUUAUUUUGUGUUGUCUGCUUGUAUGUAUAUCGUGUACUAUGUCUUGUCACCGUGGUAUAGUGGGAACGUAAUUUUGAUUUCUUUGUGUGUCUUGGCAUGUGAAGAGAUUGACAAUAAAGCAGACUUUGACACACACGCACGCACACACAUUUUUGACAUCAUAACCCUUAAUAGAGCUGAUUACUUCCAUGUUUCUUCUUUGUAUCAAUACAAAGUACAAAAUACACACACACGAGCAAGUUGCCAGUGUGUGUGCGUAUUCAUCAAUGUGAUGUCAUCGUUGCGCUUGCAUUUCAGAGAUUGUAGCAACAGCACAUGCUUCUUUAAAUGUUGGAAAUUAAUUCCUACACGAGUCAUUUGUGCAUAGUCAACGUUGCUAAAAGCUUCAAACACGUGAAAUAAAAGAAUUGUUGUGUA